CUCAGGGCGGAAGUAGCCAAGCAGGUGAUCAUGGCGGCGGCUGGUACACUGGAAAGAAUGGUGGGAGAGGCCUGGCAGGGAUGGAGGCGCCUGGGACUCGCCCUGGUGAUUUUAGCUGGUUUUUGUCAUGGAAAUUCCGUGGAGAGAAAGAUCUACGUCCCUCUGAACAGUACGACGCCGUGUGUCCGGCUCCUCAAUGCCACUCAUCAGAUCGGGUGCCAGUCCUCCAGGAAUGGAGACACCGGGGUGAUCCACGUGGUGGAGAAGGAAGAGGACUUGGCGUGGGUGGUAGAGACUGGACGCACCCCUCCGUACAUGGUUCUGCUCGAGGGCAAUCUGUUCACCAAGGACACGAUGCAGAAGUUGAGAGGAAGCUCUCGAGUCUCCGGCAUAGCCGUCACGCUUUCCAAACCCAGUCCGCCUUCUGGAUUUUCUCCAGACCUGCGAUGCCCAAACGAUGGCUUUGGCGUGUACACCAGCGAUCACGGCGCUCAGUACGCUCACUGCAACAAGACCGUCUGGAACCCUCUGGGAAACGGCUUUUCCUACGAGGAUUUUGAGUUCCCAAUUUUUCUGCUCCAGGAUGAGAAUGAAACGGAGGUCAUCAAACAGUGCUACAGAGACCACAACAUCCCUCGGAACGGCAGCGUCCCCGCUUACCCUCUGUGUGCCAUGCAGCUCUUCUCACACAUGCACGCCGUCACCAGCACCGCCACCUGCAUGAGGAGGAACUCCAUACAGACGUCUUUCAGCAUUAACCCAGAAGUGGUGUGCGACACUCUAGCCGGGUACAACGUAUGGAGCGCCCUCCGACCCGUCAACGUCUCCGGCACCCUGGAUCCAGAAGAUCAAGUCAUAAUUGCAGCAACAAGGAUGGACAGCCGCUCCUUCUUCUGGAACCUGGCCCCGGCGGCGGACAGCACGGUCUCCGGACUGGUUGCCCAGCUGGCUGCUGCAGAAGCUCUUCAUAAGUUGCCUGACGUACAGUCGCUGCCCAGGAACAUCAUGUUCACGUUCUUCCAAGGGGAGGCGUUUGAUUACAUUGGCAGCUCCCGGAUGGUCUACGACAUGGAGAAAGGACGCUUUCCCGUUAAACUCGAGAACAUCCAUUCGUUUGUCGAGCUCAAUCAGGUAGCAUUGAGAAAUAAUUCGAACCUGUGGCUUCACACCGACCCUGUAUCCCGGAAUAACGUGACUGUGAAUACGGAGGUACAGCAGCUGGUCCAGGCCCUGCUCAACACCAGCGUGGCCAACGUCACCGUACAGGAAGUGGACCAAUCCCAGCCUCUUCCUCCAGCUUCCUUUCAGCGCUUCUUGAGGGUCCGAAACAUCCCAGGGGUGGUGCUGACCGACCAUCAGGGGGCUUACAGCAAUAAAUAUUUCCACAGCAUGUACGACACGGCCGACAGCAUCCACAUGGAUUAUCCGGAUGGUCUGUCUAAAGAGGAGGCGCUGGAGUACGUUACAGAAGCCGCAAAGUCUCUUGCAGACGUGGCUUCUGUGUAUGCCACCGCCCUGUACCGGCUGGCUGGAGGGAAUGACACGUCCGCCAUCAAGGCAGAUCCCAAAACGGUCACCAAGAUGCUCUAUGGAUUUCUGAAGAUGUCCAACAACAGCUGGUUUCAGUCCAUUAUUAAGGCGGACUGGAAGAGCAUUCUGGAAGAGACUCCGUCUCAGUAUUAUGUGACUGCCAACUUACAAGGCACCAGACCGUCCCCCAACAACUCCACCCGCUUCCUGCUGUCUGUGCUGGCCAACCUCACCGGGACGGUGGUCAACUACACCAAGGAGGAGUGCCAGAGACCCGAGAAGGCCGCCGAUUCCAGGAGAGAACUGUAUGAUUACUACUGGGUGCAGGGUCCUCUUGAUGGUAACAUGACCUCCAGGCUCCCAUACUGCGUGAGGACCACCAUCCACAGCCACCUGGCGGAGUCUCCUGCCUUUGAACUGGGGCAGUGGGAUUCUACGGAAUACUCCACGUGGACGGAGAGCCGCUGGAAGGAGAUCAGGGCCCGCAUCUUCCUGGUUCCCAGUCACCAGUUAGAGGUCAUCACACUGGUCGUAGGCAUCGCCAUUUUCCUCGUAUCUCUCGCCGUCACAUACUUCAUCAACGCCAAGGCAGACGUUCUGUUCUCCAGCAGUCAAGACACGGGGGACGUGGCCUACUGAAGCCUGCGAUCGGGGAGGACUGAAAGCUGGCACUGGCUGGGCACCGAUGCCGUUGCCGCUUCAUUAAACAGCCACACUGGAGGAAUAUAGGACUUUUUUUUUAAUAUACAUAAAUAGCGGUUGAUGCAGCAUUUUCACAAUUUACGGAGAAACAUACUAUUUUUCUCCUAAAAACCAAAAUGUGAAAGGCUGCGUAUGGAUGAGUGUCUUGAAAAGAGAACGUUUAGCCAUUACACGGUUUCUUGUGACCAAACGUGGCCUUCGAUUGGCUUCUUCGUAAGAUGGAAGACUUGGGAGUUUUGAAAAUAUGGAGGGGUUUCCAAUGCAAGAGCAGGGGCUAAAUGAUCCUUCUUCACCGGAAAGCCAAACGCUGCAUUGUGAGCCGUCCCCGUUAACUCCCCGCGUCCGAUUAAAUAUAUUACUCCGGUUCGGAUCAAUAUUCAAAAAUUACAGAGUUUUAUAAAUAUUGCAUCGCGUUUUUUGGGGGGUUAAUCCCUUUUUUGUAUGUUCUGCACUCUCAGGUAUGAGCCACUGAAUUUAAGAAUAAGAAACAUAGGUAAGGUUUUGAAUUCCAGAUUUCUUCUGAUCUCAUUAAAUUCCCAGAAGAAAGAAUUAUUGGGAAUAUCUCGUGAUUUUAUAGUUUAAUUCAUCUCGCGUUCUUAA